GCAAGUUCAAAAUUGCCAAGAGACGAGUGCGACGGCUUUUUAGGGAAGCUCAACGUCUCCUUAAAGCAAGAAAAGUUUUAUUUCGGAAAAAAUGGAGCCUUACGUCGACCCCCGGGUGGAUAUGCUAGGAGCAUCUAAAGAAGCUACCCGAGGCGGUACAGACCGGGCGAUGGAAGAGUGUGUAGACAAGGUGGACCCGAAUCAGAAGCCCCCUUAUUCUUACGUGGCUUUGAUAGCUAUGGCGAUCAGGGACAGCGAGGAGAAGAAACUCACGCUGAACGGGAUUUAUCAGUACAUCAUCGCCAAGUUCCCUUACUACGAGAAAAACAAGAAAGGCUGGCAGAACAGUAUACGGCACAACCUGAGCUUGAACGAAUGCUUUGUCAAAGUACCCCGAGAAGGCGGGGGAGAGCGGAAGGGAAACUUCUGGACGCUGGACCCUGCCUUCGAGGACAUGUUCGAUAAAGGCAACUACCGGCGACGCCGGAGAGUCAAGAGACCCUACCGGCCACCCUCCUCUCCAUAUCUGUCAGGCAGCCCCUGUCUCAACUAUGCUGACCCUUACUGCUUCCAUCAGGGUUCUAAAUACCUGCAGUCGCCCUUCGUGAGCAACACUUGGUCUUUAGGACAGUCGGCUUCCCCUUUGGGAUAUCAGCAAAGCCAACAGAGCAGUAGCGGCGCCAGCGCAAGUCCCGUCCCAAUGAACGGAUACACCGGACAUCCUCUGCACACUUCCUACGGCGCCUACCACCGACAUCAGGGCCUGCUAGUCCCGGCAACUGGGAGUCCGUACCCGGCUAUGAGCCAGCCGAUCAGCCCAGGGGGUCCCACCGCGGCGGCCACCACUUACCAGCUACCCUGCUCCAGACAGCCGGACAUGCCAGUGAUGCAUUACUGGGACUGAGCGGGAACGGAGAACCAAACUAGGAGGCAGCCAUGGCCUCAGAAAGGGACCUGCCUGUCAGAACUUAAAAUGCCAUGCGUGAUGUUGAAGAACAGACGUGUACAUAUUUUAUUUGGACGUUUCUGGAUCAACUGAAUUCAGGUAAUUCCGAUAGGACCAAUGCGGUUUAUAGCUAGCCUUUCCACCGCAGAGGAAGGUGGGCAAGAUCAAAGACGGGAAUACACGCGAAUGGGUCCCAAAGUAGUAAUGGAGCCGUGGAAGAGGAAAGGACAACAUGGAUCAAUCUUGAAACUUGCUUGGCUUUUCUGCACCGAUGUCUGGUUGUUCUCAUUGUGUACUGGACGCAGGUGUGGUAAUUGUUUGUUAGCAGCUCGUUGUGGACGACAAACAGAAUGUGUGCACACAAUGUCAGGGCUUCGUGGACAGCCACUGGAGGAGAGCUGUAGUGUUCUGGUUCAGUAAGUCAUGUUUUCAUAAAAAAAACAAAAAACAAACGCUAAAUAAAGUGAAGGAUCGUUUAAUCAAAAUCUAGUAAAAAAUGCCCCCAAAAUAGGAUGUUAAUUGUUAAAAAACUGCUACAAAUGUGUACUGAUUGUUUUGAUGCAAAUGUUUUGUUUUUUUUUAUAAACACGUCAGGAAUAAAUCCGCAUUAAAUGUGGAUAUUUUUUUAUUUAAGAAAGCAGUGUUUUUAUAUUUUUAUUAUGACAUGGGCGAAGUUUGCCUCGUGUUCGUUUACCUAAUUUUCGUUUGUAAAUAAAAUGUAAAAUGUUAUUACAUCUUUACCAUUUAAGCAUCAGCUUUAUACAAAAUGUUUCAGGUUAUUAAUGUUUAUUUGAAUCUGUUAAAGAAAUGAAGGUGCGGACCAAUUUCUAUGCAUAGCAGUUGUAUAUUUUUUCUGUUAAUAAACUUGUUUGUUUUUUUUUU